AUGCAACAACUAUUCCAUGAAAAUUACGAGCACAAUCGGAAGGGUUAUAUACAAGACCUUCACAAUAGCAAAAUCCAUGCAGCCAUAACCCUUCAUCCCAACAAAAGGCCUGCCUAUCAGUACAGGCUGCAUAACUACAUGCUCAGCCGCAAGAUUUCUGAACUUCGCCACCGCACGAUCCAGCUCCACAGGGAGAGUGCGCUGAUGAGCAAGCUCAGUAACACUGAAGUGAGCAAAGAAGACCAGCAGCUGGGAGUGUUGCCUUCCUUCAACCACUUCCAGCCUCGGGAGAGAAAUGAAGUGAUAGAAUGGGAGUUCCUGACAGGGAAGCUCCUUUACUCAGCAGCUGAGAACCAGCCUCCUCGGCAGAGCAUCAACAGCAUUUUAAGAACAGCGCUGGACGACACCGUCCUACAGGUGAUGGAGAUGAUCAACGAGAAUGCCAAGAGCAGAGGGCGGCUCAUUGACUUCAAGGAAAUUCAGUAUGGCUACCGCAGGGUGACCCCCAUGCACGGGGUGGAGUACAUUCUGGAUUUGCUCCUCUUGUACAAAAGGCACAAGGGAAGGAAGCUGACGGUGCCCGUGCGGCGCCACGCCUAUCUCCAGCAGCCGUUCAGCAAGCCUUUCUUCAGAGAAGCUGAGGAGCUGGAUGUCAGCAGCCUUGUGGAGAGUAUUAACAGUGACACUCAGUCAUUCUCGUUCAUAUCUAACUCUUUAAAGAUCUUAUCUUCUUUUCAAGGUGCCAAAGAAAUGGGAGGGCACAAUGAAAAGAAAAUACACAUUCUUGUUCCUCUCAUUGGAAGGUAUGACAUUUUCUUGAGAUUCAUGGAGAACUUUGAAAAUACAUGUCUUAUUCCAAAGCAGAAUGUAAAGUUGGUCAUCAUCCUUUUCAGUAGGGAUUCUGGCCAAGAUUCCACCAAGCAUGUCGAGCUGAUAAAAGGAUACCAGGACAAGUACCGCAAAGCAGAAAUGACCCUGAUUCCUAUGGAGGGAGAGUUUUCGAGAGGUCUUGGUCUUGAAAUGGCAUCUUCUCAGUUUGACAAUGACACUUUGCUGCUAUUUUGUGAUGUUGACUUGAUCUUCAGAGGAGACUUUCUCCAACGAUGCAGAGACAACACAAUUCAGGGACAACAGGUGUACUACCCUAUCAUCUUCAGCCAGUAUGACCCAAAGGUAACCAAUGCAGGAGAUCCUCCCACUGAUGAUGACUUUGUGUUCUCCAAGAAGACUGGAUUUUGGAGAGACUAUGGAUAUGGAAUCACCUGUAUUUACAAAAGUGAUCUUCUGGGUGCAGGUGGAUUUGAUACCUCAAUACAAGGCUGGGGGCUGGAAGAUGUAGAUCUCUACAAUAAAGUUAUUCUAUCUGGCUUAAGGCCCUUCAGAAGUCAAGAAGUGGGAGUGGUGCAUAUUUUCCAUCCAGUUCAUUGUGAUCCUAACUUGGACCCUAAGCAGUAUAAGAUGUGCUUAGGAUCCAAGGCAAGUACUUUUGCCUCAACCGUGCAACUGGCUGAACUCUGGUUAGAAAAACAUUUGGGUGUCAGGUACAAUCGAACUCUCUCCUGACAGUCCAGGCAACACACAUUGCCUUUUUUUAAGGGGAGUUUACCUCAUUGUUGGUCGUUGUUAUUUUUAUUUUAUUAUUUUUAUUAUUAUUAUUAUUGUUAUAAUUUUAUUUUGUUGUCCUGGUCUUAAACUACUCUUGGUUGUCUUCCAAGGGAUGUUUGUUGACCUUAAGCAAGAAGAGUCUGCAAUUCACUGAUGUUUCAGAUUUCUACUGAAGGCAAUGUGUGUAUGACUUUUUUACAUCUUUAUUUUUGAGAUUGACUUAAAUCAUGGCAAUCAAAUGACUUUUGAAGCUCAUUCAUCACAAGAGACAGCUUAGAAGAAUGUUCUCUUGGGGGCUUAAAGAUGCAAUAUCAACUUUUAUUUUGUUUGUCAGAUUCAAUGUGAUACAAAUAUUUACUGGUGAAAGGUACCACAAAAGUGCUUUAUGCUUCCUAUGGGGAAGGGACUCUGUAACAUAAACUUGAGUUUUGUAAUUUAUACAAGGACUUAAAUAUAUAGACAAUAAUUUUCUUCAUCUUUAGGAUUUUUAAAGUAAAUGAACACCUAUGAUUGUAUGUUUAUUUUUUAAAAAAAUGUUUUAAAAAUCGAGGAGUUUUGUUCCACAAGCAACCGGUACUGGCUACCCUGGUCUCAUGACAAUUAUGAGCUCCUCACAAGUGUCUGCUAUAAAUGCGAAUGAACUUUAUUUUCUCAAGGAAAUAUGAUUUAAUUAAAUAUUCAUGUACAUUUUA